ACAUCGUACGUGUAUAUAAACACUUGCUGUCCUGCUGAAGCGCUGUCACCUCUCUGAUUUUUAAAAGAGCAUCUAAAACACCUGAAAACAACUAGUAUUUGUUAUCCAGCUAGCACACCGGAGCUGACAUGUCUCAUGGAUGGGGGUACGGACCCAAUAACGGUCCAGACAAAUGGGGAGAAAACUAUCCAAUUGCCAAUGGAAGCAGACAGUCUCCCAUCAACAUCGUCCCUCAGGAGGCGCAGUUUUCUCCUUCUCUGAAGGCUCUCAAGCUCAAAUACGACCCGUCCAACUCCAGUGGGAUUCUCAACAACGGACACUCCUUCCAGGUGGACUAUGUGGAUGAUGCUGAUUCUUGCACCCUUACUGGAGGUCCUAUUUCUGGAACAUACCGUCUGAAGCAGUUUCAUUUCCACUGGGGUGCCAGCGAUGAAAGGGGGUCUGAGCACACUGUCAAUGGCAUCAAGUUCCCCAGUGAGCUUCAUCUGGUGCACUGGAACACCAAAUAUCCCAGCUUUGGGGAGGCGGCCAGCCAACCUGAUGGGCUCGCUGUGGUGGGGGUCUUUCUCAAGAUUGGUGCCGCCAACCCUAAGCUGCAGAAAGUUCUGGAUGGCUUGGAUGCUAUCAAGACAAAGGGAAAGCAGACCACCUUUGCUAACUUUGACCCAAAGACUCUUCUUCCCGUUUCUCUGGAUUAUUGGACCUACGACGGCUCUCUGACCACACCCCCUCUUCUGGAGAGUGUCACAUGGAUUGUUCUCAAGGAGCCAAUCAGUGUCAGCCCUGCACAGAUGGCAAAGUUCCGCAGCCUGCUGUUCACUGGGGAGGGAGAGUCUCCCUGCUGCAUGGCCGACAACUACCGGCCUCCUCAGCCGCUGAAGGGUCGGCAGGUCCGUGCCUCCUUCAAAUAAACAUCUCACCCGCACCACGGGAUUGUUCCAAUUUGACUCCUAAUCCAUUUUUUGCUUUGAUUAGCUUUCCUGCUGUGAUGUUCACGUUAUUUCACAUAAACUGCCUGGAUGUAUCUUGAAUAAAAUGAUGACAUUUUGACUUAUAGUGUAGUCGUUAUAUAGCUAUUAUUUGACAUUAAACGGCUUCUUAGGGGUUCAGUCUCGCACACUUUAUGAUCGAGAUGAUAGUUCAUGGAAAUGCAUGUGUCAAAUGUGAACUAUUAGCAUACUAAUACGAAUGAAAUUGUUUUCUUUAUGCGUCACAAAUAAAAUGUAUGCAAAUCUCACAAUGUUUUGAUUUAAAUGUUUGUUCCAAGUUAUAAUAAAGUUUUUGUGUUGGCCGGGAGGAUGGAAUUGGGACACCACAGACGAAAAACACAAUCAUCUUUA